AUGGCUCUGGCAGGAAUGCGUGAACUUCUUGAAAAGUCGUUGGCAGAAAGUAAAGAUGUCACUCCUUCAGAUAAGAUGUUUUUGCAUGAUGGAGAGUUGUAUACUACUAUGAUUUGUUGCCCAGAAACACUGAAAAUUCUCGACACCUUUGAAGCCAGGAGUGAUGAUGUGAUUUUAGUGGGAUACCCCAAAACUGGUACUAAUUGGGUUGGUCAGAUUUUAGUUGAGUUGGAAGCUGCAUCUGGAAAAUAUGAUGAAGAAGAAAGGAAAAAGAGAUGCACAGGGCAAAACGAAAAGGAAUUAUUACUAUUUCCAUAUUUAGAAUUUGGAGAUCCAGCAAAAUUUGAGCGGAUGAAGAAACUGCCUUCCAGAAGAGUGGUAAAAACCCAUCUCGCUCCUCAAAAACUACCCAAAUCAAUUUAUCAAAAGAAGGCAAAGAUAUUGGUUUUGUUUCGGAAUCCAAAGGACACAGCUGUCUCUUACUUACAUUUUGCAAAUGGCAUGAAGUUGUUUCCAACCCAAAAAUCCUGGGAUGAAUUCUUUUCAGACUUUAUCAGUGGAAAAGUGCCCUACGGUCUUUAUUUGAACCAUAUCAUUGAGUGGAACAAGUAUCUGGAUGACAAAAAUGUCAUGUUUAUGACCUACGAGGAAAUAAAAGAGAAUCCAGCUCUGGAAAUGAAACGGAUGGCUGAAUUCUUUGAUUUUUCUGUGAGUAAACAAGAGAUUCAGUCCAUUGUGGAGAAAACCACUUUCAAAGCCAUGAAAGAUCAAGCUGCAGAAACUAAUGAAGGAAUUGGGAAUAUUCUUUUCCGUAAAGGUAUAGUGGGUGACUGGAAGAAUGUCUUCUCAGAAGCCCAAAAUGAAGAAAUGGAUAGAAAAUUCGAAGAGAUUGUAGCGAGGACAAAGCUGGGGAAGAUGAUAAAGUACGAUGUGUAUUGUAAGGGCUGA